CUCAGCUGUCUGAUAGACUCACUUUAUCUCGGGGAUCAGACGAAAUGCACGCCUAUGCACACUUAGCCGACCGAACCAGUAUAGCCGUCUGACCAUCUUUGCACGCGACCACGAGAGCUGAGCCCGCGAUAUCCGCUAUUGAGAACUCGCCAAGGUUCUUCUCCUUAUGUUCUGGGCUUUAUCCUCAUAAAGACGCGUGGAAGAACCUCCGCCAUUUCCACGACAACAGUCGACCCAUAUGUUGACUAGUCUUCUGGAGGCGAUUCUUCUUAUUCCCGCGUGCUGUGUUUCCGGACGCAUGCUUUGCGAUAACGCAGAUGCGUCCGGCUUAUAUGCAGUGUGUAACCGAAGAGACUCUCCUCGCUGCUCGACACCAUGUUGUGGCUCCCGGCUCUCGCUCUCGCUCUUGCUCAGAUCUCGGCGGCGAAACCGGUUGUGAACAAACGAUGGGACGACAUGGCAGUGAAGCACGCGUGGGCGGAGGUCCCCAGCGGAUGGGAGUACCAUGAGGCGCCGCCCGCAGACCACCUCAUUGAGCUGCGUCUCGGGCUCAAGCAGGACCGCAUCGAUGAGCUCAUCGAGGCGCUGUACCAAGUCAGCGAUCCGUCGCACGAGAAGUACGGCCAGCACCUGUCGAAGGAGAAGGUCGACGAGCUCGUCGCCCCGCACCCUGACUCGCUCGAGGCCGUCGAGGCGUGGCUCCGGCACCACGCGAUCGACCCCGCCUCGGCGCACUUCCGCUCCGGCGGCGGCGAGUGGGUCACGUUCCACCUGCCCAUCGCCAAGGCCGAGCAGAUGCUCGGCACGACGUACGGGGUGUACCGCCACGCGGCCUCCGGCUCUGACGUGGUCCGCACGAUGUCCUACUCGCUCCCCCGCGAGCUGCACAGCCAUAUUGAUGUGGUCACCCCCACGACGUACUUCGGCACGAUGCGCAGCAUGCGCGCGACCAGCUUCAUCAAAGCCGGCGCCCCAGUCGUCGAGACCGACACGGCCGCCGAGGAGCUUGCGCUGAAUCCAUUUGCGGUGCCGUCUAGCUGCUCGAGCACCAUCACCCCUGCCUGCCUGCGCGCGCUGUACAAUACCGCUUCAUAUGUUCCCAAGGCUGCUGCUACCAACAAACUCGGCGUCGCCGGAUAUCUGGAGGAGUUUGCGAAUGACGCUGGUGAACUUGCAGGUAUUUCCGGAUUGCUCCCAAAAUAUAGCAAUAUCACUCACGAUCGGCUUCAGACGUUCUUCAGGCGAUUCCGGACUGAUGCCACUGGCGGCACGUUUACUCACGUGCAGCUCAAUGGAGGUCUGAACACUCAGUCGGACCCUGGAACGGAGGCUAACCUCGACAUCCAAUACACCGAGGCGAUAUCGUUCCCGACUCCCAACAUCUACUACAGCACCGGUGGAUCUCCUCCAUUCAAGACCGAUUCUGCCACUCCUUCCAACUCCAACGAGCCUUACUUGGAUUGGCUGAACUUUAUCCUCAACUCGACGACGAUUCCUCAGACUUUCUUGAUGGGAUCAUUCGAGACCACGAGUUACGGUGACGACGAGCAGACUGUGCCCAUGGACUACGCCAUCAGUGUUUGCAACCUGUUUGCGCAACUGGGUGUCCGAGGCAGCAGCAUCAUGUUCUCGUCGGGCGAUGACGGCGUCGGCGCCGGCACCUGCCGGACCAACGACGGCACCAACAAGGUCCUCUUCCAGCCGGCGUUCCCCGCAUCGUGCCCCUUUGUCACGACCGUCGGCGGCACCUUCCGCGUCAACCCGGAGGUCUCGGCGAGCUUCUCCGGCGGUGGAUUCUCACGGUACUUUGCGCGUCCGUCGUACCAGAGCACGGCCGUGUCCAAGUUCGUGACGGGACUCGGCACGAAGUUCGCCGGGUUGUACAACACGACCGGCCGCGCGUAUCCCGACGUAGCCGCGCAGGCGGAGAACUUCCAGGUCGUCAUCGGCGGAGGAGUCAACUCGGUUUUCGGCACAUCCGCGGCGUCGCCGACCUUCGCGGGCGUCGUUGCGCUGCUGAACGACUUCCGCCUCUCGCAGGGCAAGGCCCCGCUGGGCUUCCUGAACCCGCUGUUCUACGGGACGGCGGUCUCCGGCUUCAACGAUAUCACCUCCGGAUCAAACCCGGGAUGUGGCCAGACUGGCUUUACGGCGGGCACUGGCUGGGACCCGGUCACUGGUUUGGGCUCGCCCGACUUUUUGCGUCUGCAGGCGCUUGUGUAGGGAGCGGGGCAUGUAAGUGUCGUAUUCUAUGUAUUGUACGACAAGAAGAUUAUAUCAAUGUCGGUGUCUAUCCGGAUCGACCGGUUCGUGAGGUUUUGCCAGUUCAAGUCUACACGUGAUCUGGCGCGACGCAAGAGCGCAGAUUUUGCUGGUCUUUAGCCAUUCAUCCUAGACCCAGACUCCAUUCACACUUUUUCGUGUUCCAUGGCAGCUAGCCGCUCCUGCUCCAUCACAAUACUCGAGAACCGGCUCCGCGCGCGUAUCCGGGGGCCGUAGAAAAACAGCACAAACGGGAUGGGGACCAUGACCGUGGCGAUGAGCGCGAACAUGGUGUUGGCCCACGUGUAGCCGAGCACCGCGAACAUGUGUUUCGUGAACAGCGGGAACACCGUGCCGAGCAGAUUCCGGCAGAGGCUCUGCCCGGCGAGCGCGGAGGAGGCAAAGGGGCCGUAGCAGUCUGCGAGGUAGGAGAACACGG